GUGUGUGAGUUUUUCUCUGCUUGCUGGUCACAGACUCAUAGAUUCUUAUUUUCUCCAUCUUCAAUUAAGGCUAAACACUUGGCCUUCCGAAGUAUACAAAUACUCGUUUUCAUUUUAUAGUUUUGGUUUUUGAGACAGGGUCUCACUAUGUACCCCAGGCUGUCCUUAAACUCAUGGCUACUCUCCUGCCUCAGUCUCAGCCUCCUCCCCAGGGCUGGAAGAACAGGUGUGGGCCACCACACCCGGCUUUCUUUUGUUUUCUUUUUUCAUCCUUUCUUAUUUUAUAACAUUCCCCUAGGUGCUGGUUAUCUUCGAAUCCUCCCCACCGAUUUGUGUGACAUCCUCAGUUUCAAGGAUAAAAUCUUAACUGCGAGGUCGAUGGAGCCCGCACUUCUUUAUGGCUCUCAAGAGUUGCUGGGAAGCAAGAGCUGUCACUAGGUGCUAAAAGAUGGUGCUCAUGGGUUUCAUCUCCAUCUGAGAGUCGGGUGCUCCAGGCACCAGAAGCUGAGUCUCAUCCUAGGCUCCUGGCUUGAAUAAACCUUCACUGCAGCCACUCUGGGACAGCAGCAGUGCAGAACUGCUCAACUUCUCUUAAUGAUGGGUAUUGGCAAGAACACUACAUCCAAAUCAGUGGAGGCUGGGAGUUCCACAGAGGGCAAAUACGAAGAUGAAGCAAAGCACCCCACCUUCUUCACUCUUCCGGUGGUCAUCAAUGGAGGGGCCACAUCCAGCGGGGAGCAGGACAAUGAAGAUACAGAGCUCAUGGCAAUCUACACUACAGAAAAUGGCAUCCCCGAGAAGAGCUCUCUCGCGGAAACCCUGGACAGCACCGGCAGUCUGGACCCCCAGCGGUCGGACAUGAUCUACACCAUAGAAGACGUUCCCCCCUGGUACCUGUGCAUAUUUCUGGGGCUGCAGCACUAUCUGACCUGCUUCAGCGGCACCAUCGCAGUGCCCUUUCUGCUGGCCGAUGCCAUGUGUGUGGGGUAUGACCAGUGGGCCACCAGCCAGCUCAUCGGGACCAUUUUCUUCUGUGUGGGAAUUACAACUUUGCUGCAGACCACGUUUGGAUGCAGGUUACCCCUGUUUCAGGCCAGUGCUUUUGCAUUUUUGGCCCCUGCUCGAGCCAUCCUGUCUUUAGAUAAAUGGAAAUGUAACACCACAGAUGUUUCAGUUGCCAAUGGAACAGCAGAGCUGUUGCAGACAGAACGCAUCUGGUAUCCGCGGAUCAAAGAGAUCCAGGGUGCCAUCAUCAUGUCCUCAUUGAUAGAAGUGGUCAUUGGGCUCCUUGGCCUGCCUGGGGCUCUGCUGCGAUACAUUGGGCCACUGACCAUCACACCCACAGUGGCCCUCAUCGGACUCUCUGGUUUCCAGGCAGCUGGAGAGAGGGCUGGAAAGCACUGGGGCAUCGCCAUGCUGACAAUUUUCCUAGUGUUACUGUUUUCUCAAUAUGCCAGAAAUGUUAAAUUUCCUCUCCCGAUUUACAAAUCUAAGAAGGGAUGGACUGCGUACAAGUUACAGCUUUUCAAAAUGUUCCCUAUAAUCCUGGCCAUCCUUGUGUCCUGGCUGCUCUGCUUCAUCUUCACAGUGACUGAUGUCUUCCCUCCUGACAGCACCAAGUAUGGCUUCUAUGCGCGCACAGAUGCCAGGCAGGGUGUGCUGCUGGUUGCCCCCUGGUUUAAGGUUCCAUACCCAUUUCAGUGGGGGCUGCCCACCGUCUCUGCAGCCGGCGUCAUCGGCAUGCUCAGUGCCGUUGUGGCCAGCAUCAUUGAGUCCAUCGGUGACUACUACGCCUGUGCCAGGCUCUCCUGUGCCCCGCCACCUCCCAUCCAUGCAAUAAACAGGGGGAUCUUCGUGGAGGGUCUCUCCUGUGUUCUCGAUGGCAUAUUUGGUACUGGGAAUGGCUCUACUUCAUCCAGUCCCAACAUUGGAGUUUUGGGAAUUACAAAGGUGGGCAGCCGCCGGGUGAUCCAGUACGGUGCCGCCCUCAUGCUUGGCCUGGGCAUGAUUGGCAAGUUUAGUGCCCUCUUCGCGUCCCUGCCGGACCCGGUGCUUGGAGCCCUCUUCUGCACUCUCUUCGGAAUGAUCACUGCUGUUGGCCUGUCCAACCUGCAAUUCAUUGACUUGAAUUCCUCCCGGAACCUUUUUGUGCUUGGAUUUUCCAUCUUCUUUGGGCUCGUCCUUCCAAGUUACCUCAGACAGAACCCUCUGGUCACAGGCAUAACAGGAAUUGAUCAAGUCUUAAAUGUUCUUCUCACAACUGCUAUGUUUGUAGGAGGCUGUGUGGCUUUUAUUUUGGACAACACCAUCCCAGGUACCCCAGAGGAAAGAGGAAUCAGGAAAUGGAAGAAGGGCGUGAGCAAAGGGAACAAGUCGCUUGAUGGCAUGGAAUCCUACAACUUGCCAUUCGGCAUGAACAUUAUCAAAAAAUACAGAUGCUUCAGCUACCUGCCCAUCAGCCCAACCUUUGUAGGCUACACAUGGAAAGGCUUUGGGAAGAGCAAAAACAGUCGGAAUUCAGAUGAAGACUCGCAGGCCACGGUAUAGCCUUAGCUGUGCCCUGUGGCCUGGCCACAGUGAGGCAUGCACCAGUAGUUCCUUGCCAAGUAACAAGAAGUCAAAUAUAUGUUUGUAUAUCUGCAUCUACAUCCUGCGCCCCAGAGCUAAGACAGGUUGUUGCACAUUGCUUUUCUGUCGUAGGUGGUGAUUGUGUCUAAUACGGUGUCUCACCUGGCUCCUUAUUUAAGCCCUUGACCUCUUGCCCUUUGAGUGUCCAUUGCUGGCCAUGGUCACUGAACUUGAAAUUCCAGCCCUCCUGUGGGAGCAGGUUCCCGGAAUCAUCAGCGAUUCCCUUGUUUCUAGUCCCUUCCCGCUGCCCAGUGCUAGUGUUUGUCUCGAGACAGAAAGCCCCUGGACCCACUUUCUCUUCGCUUGACCUUAGCCUGCUCCUGGGCCACCAGUAUCCUCACAUCGUCACAACUGCCUGUCAAGUGAUUCUGUUGUCCCUGAUAGUCCCCAGGAGGCUGUUAACUAGCCUAGGAACAGUGGCCUGGCUGCCCCGGGCCCUGAUAGGGCAUGUGCAGGUCUGUAGUAUAAAGUGGAGCCUAUUUAGGGGGUUGAAAGGGAAGGGAGAGGACCCCAACGCUAACAGGAUUCUUGACUGCUCUUUCCCCUGCUGCUCUGGCCUCUACCAAGCCAGCACAUUUCAUUCUGGGCCUUGUAAUGGCCGAGACACCUUAUUGGGCAUUUAUCGCUCCUGGCUGGUGUGACAGGUACAGAGUGCCACUCAAGGCACUGGCCAUAUAAGCUUAUGAGUCCUAGCUCUGCUGUCAUGUGGAUGUGACUGUUGUGCGCAUCUACAAUUACAAGAUUUUAUUCCUAUUUAAUGUUAUUGACUAUAGCAGAUUUUCCAAAUCAGUGUUUUCCAUGUGACCCUCUUCCCUUCCAUCCCUAUUACUUGUCCCACAACCUCUACCCCCAUUAAGAAAAGUACCAGCAUUUGUAAAGCUGUGGAUACCAUCAGGGAAGCUUGUUCUAAUGGCUGUUGAAGGCCAGUAACCAUUGUUGUGGUUGUGUUUUGUAUUGCCUGAUACCAUGAAAGUGUAAAUACUGUAAUGCCUAAUCUAUUUAUCAGAACUGACUACUGGACCAGAGCCCAGGAACCCUGGGUCAAGUUACACGUGAAUUUGUUUUGUGAAGAAGGGAAGCUGGAAUAGGUAACCAAACAGAGCCACCAUAUUGAAUGGUCCACCCUCCUGACAAAGUCGUUUCUCCCAUUCUUCUGCUGCCAAUCAUUUCCAGCUGCCCUGGCUUAGGGAGACUUUCUGAGCAUUGUCAUGUUGCACGUCCGCUGGAUCUUGAUUUGGCAGAAGGAAGGUGAGUUCCCUUAGCCAUGUGCUGCCUUGUUUGAGUGACUUGUUGUAGAAGAUGGUGAGAAAAGCAGCUAGCAGCCUCCCUCUAUGAGGAGCUCUAAUUUAUGACACUAAAUUAUUUUUGACAAAGUGGCUUCUAUUGAAUUUGAAGUUUUUCAGCCAAAGGGAAAGCCUGAGACAUGAAGUAGUGACUGUGCUUCCUGGGGCCAGGCUUCUUCUCUGGUGGCUGACCGGCCUGAGCUUUGGAUGGCCUUGGGAACCCCUGUCUCCCAGCAGGGCUGGCUCUCAGCCUCUUAUCCACCCAGUGCAUCUCCUGUGCCCCAUGCCCAGCCCACCUUGGCAUUUCACAUUGCCAGGUCUGUGGCUGCACCACUGCAGCUCCCUUGACUCCAAGAAGUUUUGGGCUUCAAGAAUACUUCAGAGCCACCGCAUUGCUUUGCCAAAAUCUUACUGCAGACUAAGUAAAGAUGUUAGAUUCCAAAUUGCAUUUAAUUUUUUUAUUUCCGAGAUGUAUAUUCAGCGGGUAAUGACUUUAGGAGCAUACUGGUUCCCGGUCCCCAGCCUGAUACUGACCACUCUCCUGCCCUGUGUUGCUCUGUGUUCCUUUGCUUUGUAGUUUGCUCAGCAUCUCCAAUCUCUCUGCUCUGAAAAAUGGGGAACACUGUUAAAUGUCCCAGAAAUUUGAAGAAUUCUAGCUUUCUAAAGUGAGCAGGAGCAAGUGUCCAAAUACAAGCACCAAAAUCAUUGUUAAUUCAGGCCCAAGUUCCCUUCAGCUCAACUUGAGAGGACACCUUCCCUCCCCACAAGGCCCCCAAAGUGCAGCCUCGGGUGUCCGCAGUCCCUCUCCAUGAGGACUCCUCUUCGGGCCAAUUUUAUCAUGAGGCCUCAACUCCAGUAGACAAGGGAUUUCCAGCAAGCAUUCUGCCGAGGAAGGAAGUCCUGCACUCACAUGCCAGUGGAGACAGGUUUCCACCCUUCUUGUUCCAUUGGGACCAACUUUUGAUAUUCUGUCUGAGGAGGGGGAAGGAAAGGGAGGCAAGAGGGAAAGAGCAACCUGACAAGAUGCCCCCAGUGAGUCUUGUACUUUCUGAAUAGCCUUGAGUGAUUUGGAGUCCCCUGAUCACUAGCAAAUCACAGACAAGCCAUUUUAGGAAAUACUCCUGCUAGCAAACGUGCUUCGGAAUGAAAGUCUGUACCUGGAAGCAAAAGAACAUGUAUUCCUAUGUUCAAGCUGCCACACACACCCAAAGGGUUAGGUUUGGAGGGCAGGUGGCCCACACUUCUCAGGCCUGGUGCUGUCCUGCGAGCUGUUUUCCAAUAAAGCAUCAUAUUCUAGACAGGGCAUGCUGUGUCUGACUUUCACAGUGCCCACCUGCCCACCACCUUCACCCACCUGGUCCCAGGAGGAGAGCUUUCCUGUUGGCCCUAGAAAGCGGAAAGUACAGGAAGCCUGUGGGAGAGACUGCUGGGUUUGCGCUAGGGGACACAGCUCAGUUCUUGUGAUGUUCAUUCUCAUCACGGAGUUAGUGUGGAUUCGUGGAUAUGUUUAUUGUCAGAAUCUGUGAGGGUUUCCAGUGUUAACUUUCAGUUUGUUGGGCCUGAAGAGAAAUGCUUUCCCAGGCCAGCUAGAAUGAAGCAUCCUGGGUCCUGAUGGUUUCCCAUUUUUAAGGUAACAAAAUCACACACAGGAUUUGCUUUAUACUGUAGAACACUGACUUUCAUGAUGACAACUUGAUUUAUGCAUGAAUAUUGCAGUAUUUUCCAUAUAAUAAAAUAACAUUUCUGCCCAGGAUAAGUCACAGUUUUCCAGGGAGGGAAUGAUAUAAUUUUCAUGACAAUGUCAUGUGCUGAUAGAAUUUCUCCAUUGAUGAAUCUCUAGUAUGUGUGUAUACUUUAUUUACCCAUGCAUCUAUUUUAUGACCAUGAGCUAAGCUGUUACAUCUUUCAUUCAUGUCCCUGCUGAGAUAUUGAUUCUAGCAACUUAGAUUCAAAGCUGACAAGUCUAAUCUUCAGUAAUACCUGUGCCACAGGAGUGGCCUGGCCACAUAGAAGGUGAGUAAGGAGCUGGUGUGAGGAGAGGGUGCAUCCUGAGGUGGCUGUACUUGGGCUGUGGACCCGGCUGCAGGCACCAGGUCUGGCAUGGCUUGAUGAGGGGCUGUUUGCCCACCUGCUGCCAGGUGCCAACCUUGCCCAUCGCAUACCACUUUAGCCCCAUGGAGCCCUAGUUCUGGCAGAACUGCCUGUUGCUGGGGGUUCACAUGCUGUGUAUUGUCCUCUGUCCCUUACAAUUUGGUCUCAGAGAAUAGGACAUCUCUCACCCUCCACUCCUCCUGCAGCCAGAACUGAAGAGUACAAGAAGGCUGCCCACGUUUGCCAGCGAUCCGAUCAGCCUUCACCCAAGGUCCCUAAAGCUCCUUUGCACUGGGGAUCCCUUCUCACCAGCCUCACGAGCAUUCCCAUCCUUCAGGUUGUUGUUGACUGUGCCUCCCCAUUGCCCAAUGUCCAGCGUCCGUAGAGUUGCUGUGUGUGUCCCAGGCAGGCGGGACACCCUCCCUGGCAUUGCCAUCCGACUCACCAUCCCCACAAACACCCUUUCAGUUUGUUCCUAACAACUUUUGUCUGACACAUUAAUAAAUUUCUUACUGUUCUUAAAACAGUGGAGAUGCCUCUAUUUUCCUUGCAUUUUGUGACUGACUUUGCCUAUAUACCUUUCUUGGGUUUUGUUUGUUUUUAUUUUUAUUUUUAUUUUGCAUACAGAGGGUACUUGGGGUGGGAUUGUUUUUUGAGAUGUGUAAUUCUUUUAUGGAGUUUUUAAAAAAUUUUCAUAUUGUUUUUCUAACAUGGCUUCAUUAAACGUUUAAGUAUUUUAAAAAUAUGUAAUAUUUGGGCCAGAUGUUGUGAAUAAUAGUAGAGAUAAAGCUAUUUUAUUCUGUAUUUUUAAAACUGUUCUGUACAAAUAAAAGCUCUCCUGGACACCGUU